CAGAACUCAGGCGGCGUCUUUGAAGUGGACUUUGCUGGACUUCAGCGCUCCCUUUCAGGGACUCAUGAGUGACUUUGAAGAAGCAGACUUUUGUGCGCAGUUAUGGCGUUUGCAACAACAAAGAGAGGUAAAGAAGGAAUGUGUGGGGAAAAAACGAGAACAGAAGCGGAAGAAAAGCAGUAAAGUUCAAGCAGACGAGAGCAGCAAGAAGACAAAGAAAGAGUGCAAAUUCAAAGAGGGACUGAUGGAGAGGAAAGACAAGAAAAAAGAGAGGAGAAAAGAAAAAAAAAAGAAAAGAAAAAAGAAGUUAGAGAGAGAAGAGCAUCAAACAUCUGCAUCAUCUAACCUACAGCAAAAGGAGAAGCUGAGUCCAGAAUAUCUGACUCCUGAUUUCACAGAGAAAAUAAUAAGAAGAAAGAAGGUGCAGUUUGGUUCUUUCCCGCCUUACAUCCAGGUGAAACGUCCCACAUUCUCCUCAUCCUCAUCCAAAGAAGCAGCAGCGGUGAGAGACAGCUCUCAGAGCUGUCCACAGGUGACCGGACUCAUUCAGGCUCAAGUGCAGGACAACGACUCUCAGUGUCCCAGCGAGGACAUCAACAGCCAGGAUCUGUUCAUCACCCAGAAGACCUUCAGAACGCCCCCCCCGGAGCUUUCCAGCAGCGAGACCAGCGACAGAGCCGUGACUGCGUUCCCGCUGGAGCUCAGGCAGCCACAUUCCAAAUCUAACAACAACCACAGUGAAGACCUGAAGGAGUUCAGGCCCAAAGCGGUCCAUCCAUACCUGGAUCAGCCUUUUGUGGUGACCUCCUCCCCCUACGCAGCUUCAGGCCAGCGCUGCUCUUUGACGGCGUCCUCCACGCAGACAGAGAACUUCUUUACCUCUGAACUCUGCUCCUUCUUCAGCUUCUGCCAGAGGAGCAGAGCAGCCGAAGACUACAACAGCCUGAAACCUCUAGACUUGAGUCUGCCGCAGAGGGCAAGGACAGCCCUCUGUCUGACCACGAAGGCCUCAGGAAUCUCCACCCAAGACGGUCUCCCAAGCCCUCCGUUCCCGGCUGAUCCCACAUUCUUCAGCGAGGAAGACCAUUCCGGCCGCAGUGGCAGGAGAGAGAUGAUCCAGGUCAGAGCUGUCCAGAUGAAAUUAAACAAACCCUUCUUUUUCAAGACAAAAGGGGAGAGGCUGUCUCCCCGCCCCGAGUCUCCGCUCAUGAAACUCUCUCAGGGCAGAGCCGCCACGAGCCGGAGGCGCCGCUGAGGAAAGACAGGAGCAGCUUCCUGCAAACCGACAAGCUUGUGUGUCAUCUCAAGCAGAUCCACCAGAGCAGUUGAGAUGUUUGUGUGGAUCUCAGAGUUGUUCCAGCAUCAGUUCAGAAGCUUUCAUUCCGGUUCCCUGCAUCAAAGUUGUUCAAAACAAAUAUUUGGAUCCUUUUUCUUCCUGUAAAUUGCCUUUUCUCCGACAGUCUUGUUGCAGUCGAUGUUUGAGCAGGUUUGCUGAAUCCACUUCUCUCUGUUCU